UGCCAGAGCCGCCGGGGAGCAAACUCUGCCGGCCCGCGCACUCUCUUGGCCGGGGUCCGAGAGCCGCCUUGGGGGACGUAGCUUGAGUCACACUGUGGUUCUUCAGGCUAAAUGGAUUUGGUUAUGGGGAAAGUAAUACUUUUCCCCUUCCAUACCCAGCUUGAGGGAUUAUGACCCAGGAUCCCCAAAAAGGGAAGCAGCCCUACCAUCGAAGAGGGUGGAGAGCUGAGAAGGACUCUCAGGUUGCUGCCAGAGCUGCCACAACCAUGUAUACCUUCCUCCCUGAAAACUUUACCCCAACCAAGACCAAGCCGUCCAAAGAGCUAAAACCUAUGCUGGGAUCUGUACUGCUGGGGCUCCUACUGGUCUUAGCGGCUGUGGUUGCUUGGUGCUACUACAGCACAUCUCUCCGUAAGGCGGAGCGCCUUGGGGCUGAGCUAUUGGAACUCUGGACAGGUGGCUUCUCCAUUCGAAACCAGCAGGGAGAGCAAGUCUUCCGUCUGGCCUUCAGCUCUGGGGCCUUGGACCUGGAGUCCUGUGCACGAGAGGGGGACAUCUUGAGUUGUUCUCGCUCCACAGGAGGCCCCCUCAAUUUCUUCAUCCAGACUGUCCGGCCCAAGGACACUGUCAUGUGCUACCGUGUGCGCUGGGAGGAGUUGGCUCCAACCCCUUCUGUGGAGCACACCAUGUUUCUGGGUGAUGUGCACUGGUAUGGUGGUGCCGAGAUGCGGACCCAGCACUGGCCCAUCCAGCUGGCUGGCCUUCAGGCACCCCAGCCUUUUGUCACCAGCGAUGUGUACUCAUCUCGGGCAGCCUUUGGUGGUAUUCUUGAGCGAUACUGGCUGUCAUCCAAAGCGGUUGCCAUAAAAGUCAAUGACUCCGUGCCCUUCCACCUGGGUUGGAAUGCCACUGGACGCUCUCUCCUGUUACAGGCCCGCUAUCAUGACACAUCCUACAAGCCACCUGCGGGCCGUGAGCCCCUGCCUGAGCUCAGUUACCGUGUUUGUGUGGGUUCUGACGUGACAUCAAUUCAUAAGUACAUGGUGCGGCGUUACUUCAAUAAACCAUCUAAGGUGCCAGCCCGAGAAGCCUUUCGUGACCCAAUCUGGUCCACGUGGGCCCUCUAUGGGAGAGCAGUGGACCAGGAUAAGGUGCUGCGCUUUGCUGAGAAGAUCCGCAAAUACCGCUUCAACUGUAGCUACUUGGAAAUUGAUGACAUGUACACGCCUGCCUAUGGGGACUUCACCUUUGAUGAAGCCAAGUUCCCCAAUGCCACAGAGAUGUUCAGGAAGCUGCAGGAGGCUGGUCUGCGGGUCACCCUGUGGGUACACCCCUUUGUCAACUAUAACUCAUCCAGCUUUGGAGAAGGUGUGGAGCGGGGCCUUUUCGUCCGGGAGCCUACAGGCCGGCUGCCAGCCCUAGUGCGCUGGUGGAAUGGUAUUGGUGCUGUCCUGGAUUUCACCAACCCAGCCGCCCGGGAAUGGUUCCAGGGUCACUUGCGGAGACUUCGCACCCAGUACUCGAUCUCCUCCUUCAAGUUCGAUGCUGGGGAAGUGAGCUAUCUGCCCCGGGACUUCAGCACAUUCCGCCUGUUGGCGGACCCCAACCUCUGGAGCCGGCGGUACACAGAGAUGGCGCUGCCUUUCUUCUCACUGGCUGAAGUGCGUGUGGGCUACCAGUCACAGAACAUCUCUUGUUUCUUCCGCCUUAUUGACCGCGACUCGGUGUGGGGCCAUGAGCUGGGUCUGCGUUCCUUGAUCCCAGCGGUGCUGACCAUCAGUAUGCUGGGUUACCCCUUUAUCCUCCCUGACCUGAUAGGUGGCAAUGCCGUGCCUGGGAAUACAGCUGGCGAGGGGGGUCGGAAUACCGGAAUCCCAGAGCGUGAGCUCUAUGUGCGCUGGCUGGAGGUGGCGGCUUGCAUGCCAGCCAUGCAGUUCUCUAUUCCACCCUGGCUUUAUGACCAGGAGGUGGUGGAGAUAGCACGCAAGUUUGCAGCACUGAGGGCAGAGCUGGUGGCCCCACUGCUCUUGGAGCUGGCUGGAGAGGUGAUCGACACAGGCGAUCCCAUAGUUCGGCCUCUGUGGUGGAUUGCACCUGGGGAUGAAGCGGCCCAUCGAGUGGACUCUCAGUUCCUUAUUGGCGACACGCUGCUUGUGGCACCUGUACUGGAACCAGGGAAGCAGGAGCGUGACGUGUACCUGCCUGCAGGAAAGUGGCGCAGCUAUAAGGGGGAGCUCUUUGUCAAGGCGCCCAUCCUGCUCACUGACUACCCUGUGGAUCUGGAUGAAGUGGCCUAUUUUACCUGGGUGUCCUAACCCUGCUUAUUCUAGAAACCUUAAUGCUCAGAGACCCUGACCUCGGAACCUCACUCCUCCUCUCCUUACCCUAGCUUCUUCUAGGGCCCACCCUGGGGACAUCAUGGCUCUAACCCCAGAUGCUUCACUACCACCACCACCCCCUCCAAAGACUGUUCCUUACUCCGUCCUCAAGUCUAGACUGUAAUCCUGAUCUGAAGAUCAGGAUUCCAACCCUUCCCCUCACCAAGAGCUUUAUUCUGCCUCUAGAUUUACUUCCUUCUUCCCCCAUCACACCUCCCUUAGAGCCAUUAACUUUCCCCAUCUAUCCAGCUGCUAUAGCUCCAUCUUCAUAUCUUCCCUCCCCAAGAGACUCUGGAUUAGGAUCCUUGGUUCUAAUCCAUCACCAGUUUCUCCUUGACAACUCCUUAACUCCAAUCUUUUUGGGCAUUGCUGGACCCCCUUGUAUAAUGUUUGUCUGAAAGCUUUUAGCACACACAUCUACCUUUGUUCCUCUGAGACUGGUGGGGCAAGGGAAGGGGAAAGUCAGUCCUAGUCCUAUCCUCCAGCCUCCCCCACCCAAGAGAAAAUCAUAUGAACUUCCCUCCACAGGUAUAGUCUGUAUUCUCAUAGCCCAAGCUAAGGCUCUGCUCCCAAUAGGCAGUGCUUCCAUCUCCUAAGAAUCUAUCUCAUGUUGCAUUCUGGGACUUGUAGUCUCCUUGGGUAGAGAGGCAAGAAUAAACUCACCAACUACCAUAGAAACUUAGUGGUCAUCUAGUUUGAAAAAUUAAAAAAAAAUUUAGGAAUGUAUUGGAGGGGGAGAAGUUAAGUGAAAAGAUUGAAGUUAGGGUAGGGAGUAAAACCCUAUUUCUAGCCCCCAAGGGGAUCCAGGUUUUGUGGUGGUCUCAGCCUCUCUUUCAGCCCAUUCUCAUACUCCUCUCCCUCCAUCUCCCCAUUUACGCCUUUUUCUAUUGGACCACUUAAUGUUCCUCAUGAGGCACACAGGCUUGUAGCCCCAAGUCAAAGACAGGAUGGCAGGAGCUUGAGGGGGCCAAAGGUCAUCCCCUUCUCACCCCAUGACUUAGCUCGUCUUUGCACAUGGUUGGUCAUUAAAAGCACAAAGAUGAGAUCUGCCUGGAUUGAAAGCGGGAUGUCUCCUAUUCAUCCCCACUUUCUGCUUAGCCUCCACCUCCCCAUUUCUCAUCUGGGAGUUUCCUUCUCAGAACAAACUUAGGUGGGGAAGUAGAACUGAGCUAUGGGUCUACAAGGUGACCUGUCCUGCUCCUUUUUCCGUUAACUAAUUCCAACUACCACCACUUCCAAUUCUGGCAGUAUUUCUCAUCUCUUCCUCCUUUUGAUAUAAGUUCCUUUCCUCACAAACUACCAUAAAUAUUAAAACUGGAACAAAACUUAGUGGUCAUCUAGUUUGAGAGAAUUAAAAAUAUUUGGGAAAGUAGAAGAAAGGGAGCAGGUUGGGUCAGAAGAUUGAAGUUAGGGUAGGGAACAAACCCUAUUUCUGACUCCCAACGGGAUAUGGGUUUUGUGGUCUCAGCCUCUCCUUCAGCCUAUCCUCAUAUUCUUCUCCCUCCAUAAGAAAGGACAUGGGGCUACCCAUGUCUUAGGCUCAGCUUCACUCUUAUAACCAUGACCUUGAACUCUUUGUCCAUCAUAGCUGGCCCCUAGGCUUGAUCAUGAUUCCCACUGAUGCCCCUUUGAGAAUUGAGCCUGGAUGGAAAAAUCUCUGAAACUCUGAAACAGGCUCCUGGGUCCUCUUGCCUGAAAAGAUAGAGUGAGAUCCCUUCUCUUUGAGAGUGGGGGAAUAAUUAAGCUCCAACAGUGUAGUCUGCUCAGCCCUGGCCUUAGUUCUCCUUCUCUUCCCCUUUCCUGACCCCAAUUUAGGAAGAAGAAGAGGUGGGCACACACAGACUAUCAAGAACCCUUGGGGCCAGACGGGUCUCGUCAGGACAUACUAACUGGGCUUGGAGUCAUGGAGGGUCUUGUUCCCAGGCUAUGGUCUUUACCCACACUACACCUCAGGGGCUGGGCUGGCAAAGAGGGAACAGAGUGGAUCAUAUGUCCUAAUGCUGCACUGACCCCCCAAGGCCUAUCUGUUCAGCACUGCCCUAGUCAGACACACAGAUGGGUCAGGGAUGCCUUAAUGUGAGAAUCACCCUGUGUGUAUGUAAGUGACUGUGUGUGUACACAUGUGACCGUAAAUCUCUGUGUAUGCAUCAAUACCUGUCUCUUUCUCUGUGUGGCUAUGGAUAUGGAUGUCUAUGGGGCUAGCUAUCUGUGUGUGGCUGUCUCUUUUUGUAAUUGUCCAUGAGUAUAUCUUUUUUCUGUGGCCAGGUAUAUGUAUUUGACUGGCUAGUUUUGUGUAGUGAUUUCUUUUUAUGUAACUGGGUACGUGUGUGAAUGGCUCUGUGUGCUAUGUGUCUAUGCACAAGGAUAAAUGUCUGAGGUAGGGGCUAGAUGUGUGUGUUACAUUGAUGCCUGGGGUAGACUAUGUGUCUGUAUGUAUGAAACUGUAUGUGUGAAAGGGUUGGGUUUUUUUUUUUUGGCAGGAUAUCUGUAUGUGAAUAUGUAUGUGACUGGAUAUUUGCUUGCAUGUGAAUAUGUGUGUGUGAGGGAGGUGUCCAGUUACUCCUGUGGAGGGGUAGGAAUGUCUAUGGCAGUGUAACUGGAUAUCUGUGAAUAUAUUUCUGUUAUUGGAUGUGUAUGCAUGUGUGAAAGAAUCUCUCUGAGUGUGUAUAUGUAUGGUUGAGUAUCUGUGGAUCUGUGAUUCUGUGGCCAUGUACGUAUGUAUGUGACAGUCUGGCUGGGUAGCUUUGUGUCACCAUGUGGCUGAGUAUCUCUAUCUAUAGUAAUAUUUUCCUGUAGCUAGAUCUCUUUGUGUAUAUGAUUUGUGUGUGUGUGUGUGUGUGUGUGUGUGUGUGUGUGUGUGUUUGAAUGUCUUUCUCUUUGGCCAGUGUGUAUGUAUGCAUAGCUUUGUAUCUGUGCAUGUAUAUGGCAAUGCACGUAUGUAUGUGUCCAUGAGUGCCUGCUGCAUCGGCUUCUCAACAAGCAUUUAUUAAACCUUUACUGUGUACCAGGCUAAACACUAAGGAUGCAAAGGAAAGGAAAAAAGAGUC